AUGUUCUGCAAGGCUACCUUGGUCACCGUUGCGCUCGCCCUCAUGGCGUCCGCCAGCCCGCUCGCGACCACCAAGCGCGGCGUCGCCGUCCCCUUCACCAAGCGCUCCUCCGUGACGAACGCGGACGGCACCUUCAACGCUGACAAGGCUCAGAUCGAGACCAUUAAGACGAUCAACAAGCACCGUGCGAACCUGAUGAACCUGGAGAAGAACGUGGGCUCGCACGUCUUCAAGCAGGGCGCGGAGAUCAAGCCGCUCGCAGUCAUCCCCGACCAUCUCCUCGCCAAGCGCCAGAGCGAGUCGCUCACCGACGAGGACGACGACACCGAGUGGGCGGGCAAGAUCUCUAUCGGCACGCCCGCGCAGUCGUUCCUCAUCGACUUCGACACCGGCUCAUCCGACCUCUGGGUCCCCUCGAGCUCGUGCACUAGCUCGACGUGCAAGAAGAAGGACACGUACAAGAGCUCGUCGUCCUCCACGAGCUCGAAGAAGAGCGGCACGUUCGAGAUCGAGUACGGCGACGGCUCCACCGUCUCCGGCCCGAUCUACACCGACACCGUCAAGGUCGCGGGCGUCACCGCGAAGUCGCAGUACCUCUCCGCCGUCACCACGCUCUCGAGCAGCUUCAGCUCCGACCCAAUCGAUGGCAUCCUUGGCCUCGCGUUCUCCUCGAUCUCCAACCUUGGGGAGAACCCCUUCUUCAACACCGCGGUCGACCAGGGCACCGUCGACUCCGGCGUCUUCGGCUUCUACCUCGCCUCCACCGGCUCCGAGCUCUACCUCGGCGGCACCAACAGCGACCUCUACUCCGGCUCGCUCGAGUUCCACGACGUCGACAACUCCCAGGGCUUCUGGCAGAUCCCCGGCGCGGAGAUCUCCGCGGGCAGCAAGACCCCCGUCUCCGGCUUCGACACCAUCAUCGACUCCGGCACGACCCUCAUGUACGGCCCGCCGUCGGCGGUCAAGACGUUCUACAAGGCGAUCUCCGGCUCCGCCGUCGUCGACUCCUCCCAGGGCGAGUACUCGUACCCGUGCGGCUCGCUCCCCACCGUCGCGUUCUCCUGGGGCGGCCAGCAGUGGGAGGUCACCGAGGACAACUUCAACCUCGGCGAGACUGAGAGCGGAUCCGGGGAGUGCGUCGGUGCGCUCUUCGGGCAGGACCUCGGCCUUGGAGACGAGGUUUGGCUGCUCGGCGACGCGUUCAUGAAGAACGUGUACACUGCGUUCUCGUUCGACGACACCGCGGUCGGCUUUGCCGAGCUCGCUUAA